AUGCUCAGAUUGGUGAGCAGAGCUAGGUUCUGUGUUGUACAACGAAAUUUCUUCGUUGUUCCUCCAAUGUAUCCAGAAAAAGAGGAUUUUACAUACAGACCUAAAAUUACAUCUUAUGAUGAAUCAAGAAAAUAAAUGAAUUCUGUGUAUAAAAAAAAAUUAUCAAAAAUUAAAACUAGAGUCACUUAGUAUUUAAAUUAACUCAUAUUAGACGAGUAAGAGAGCUUUAACCUUAAUAAGAAAAUAAAUUAGAUGCUAAUUUAAAGAAUAGUAAAGAAUUACUUUAAAAUGUCUUAAAACAUGUCUAUAUUGAUGAAGAGACUGAUUGUCCUUUGGGAUUAUUUUUUGAUGAUUUUGUUUAUGAUAUCAAGACUAAGAGAGGACAAUAAUAUGAAGCAGAAUAUAAUCGUAAAGUUUCAGGAUUGUUAUCUUAAAUGUUAUUAUUUUAACCUUUAUUAUUUAGAGAGUGAUGUCAGAAACAGAGCUUUUGUAAACAUCAUAAGAUUUAUUAGUGAAGAGUGAAGCACCAGAGUAUAUAGCAAAAGCAAGAAAGGUUGUUUUUGAUAGAUUUUUGGAAGGAAUAAAAAAAUUACCAGAGGAGGAAAGAAAAAGGAUUUUAGGUGAUGAUGAUUAAGAUUUUGAAAACAAAUUAUCAGAUGAAGCAAUUCUUAAUAAAUAUGUUGAUUAUAAUACUGUGAAUGUUGUUGCCGAAGAAUUAGCAAGAGAAAAUCUGUAAUAGGAUUUAGAAGAUUUUAAAAUUUAUGAUCCAAUUUAUAAUGAUAAAAAUCAAUAAUUAACAUUUGGAAAGGCUUAUUUAAAAGAUUUAGAUUUUUAUGAAUCAGGAUGUACAGUUGAAGAAAUAUCAGAUGAUGAAAGAUUAUUAAAAAUGAGAUAUAUUAGACCUUCAGAUGGUUAAGAAGCUUUAUAAACAGAAUAGUCAAUAGUUGAGAAAGUUAAUUUAAAUUUUGUAAAGAGAGCAUAUUUGAAAAGAUUGGCUAAUGCUAAUUAAGAAAUUAAGGAACCAAGGAAAUUUAUAAAUAAUAGAGAUUAAGCUUUAUUCGAAUAAAAAUAAACAAGAAAAUAUUUUUAACAUUUAGAUAAAUCAUCAAUAAGAUUAGAUUUAUAAGCAAAGAAAAUUGGUAAAAGAAUAAGUGAUCAAGUGAAAUUCUAAGAUAUUGUUGAAAAUAUUGAUUAUUUGUUAUUAGGUGCUCCAAGAUUUUUAAAGAAAUUAUAUAAAGAUCCAAAUAAUAAAAUAAAAGGAUAUGAAUCAGUAUUUUAAGAUAUUGAGAAGAAAGGAUAAAGUUUAUUUUGGAAUGAUUUUAAAUCUUCUUUUUAGGCAAUAUUUCCUUAUGUAAGAGAAAAUAAGAAGUAAGAUAGAUUUGUGGAUAUAAAAAAAUAACCAUAUAAUAGACAGUAUAGAAUAGUUUUAUUUUAGUGUGAAAGAAAUGUUUUAGGAAAAGGUUGAUGAAGGGAAAAAGGAUAAAUAUUAGUUUUCAAUAGAAUUAUUCAAAGAAUUUGAAAAACCAAGUAAUAUAGAAUUCUUCCAUCAUUAUUUAACAAAUACUUUUAAAUUAAAUAGAGAAUAAAUUAAUGAUGGAUUGUAAGCAUUCAGUGAUAAUAUAAAUCCAUAUACAUAUGAAGUACCUAGUACAGCUAUGAUGGCAGAUGAUGUAGAUCCAGAUUUUAAAGAUGUAGUUGAAGAAGAUAUUAAAAUAGAAGAUUUUAAAGAAAAGAGUGCAAUUUAAAUAGAUUAAUUAAUUGAGAAAGAUUACAGCGAAUCUUCACUAUUAUAAUAUGUUGGAAGAGGAAGAAGAAAGUCAUCAAUUUGUUAUGUUCAAUUAAAAAAAGGAGUUGGAGAAGUAACUAUAAAUGGUAAAAACAUUAUCAAUUAUUUUACUCAUCCUGUAUACAGAAGAACAGCAUUAAGAGUUUUAGAAUUAGCUCAUCUUUCUUGUUUAGUGGAUGUAAAUGUGUAAUAUUGUAUUAUUAAUAAUUAGUGUAAUAAAAGGAGGUAGUUAGUCAGCCUAAUCUUAAUGUAUGUGUUCAGCAUUGAGUAGGGCAGUGGUUAAAAUGUGUCCUAGUAUUAAAGGAAUAUUUAGAAAAUUAGGAUUAACCCUUACUGAUAAUAGAAUGGUUGAGAGGAAGAAGCUUGGAUUGUAUAAGGCUAGAAAGAAGUAUCCUUAUAGUAGGAGAUGA